AUGGAUGUUCCUUUCCCAAGGUUUAAUCUUCAGUCUCAGCUGAGUGCCCUUGGGUUAGGUUUUUCAUCGGGGUUCGUUCACGGCGGCGGCUUGCCUGAUCUGCUCGUCCACGGAGGUCUCCGCGACCAGGCGGAGGACCACGAGGCCAUAGUUGAGGCGAUCGGAGGCGUCGACGUGGCGGCGGGGCUCGGGCGCCGUGUUUCUUCGUUCACGGUUAGAAAUUAUAUGUUUAAAAUCUUUGUUGUUUUCUUAUUUGUUACCUGUUUAUAUUAUUUAGGAAGAACGCCUUUCCCCUUUUUUAAUAAAAAACUAUUAGUAUUAGAAAGUAAACAAAGCAAUGAAAUUUCUAAAAAAGGAAAAAAAGAUCAAGAUAUGUUACAAAAACCUCUUAUAAAUAUUCUUUUCAAUUAUAAACGAUGGAAGUGUCCAUUUCGAUAUAAAAAUAAUGAAUUUGAAAACGUGGUAAAAAAUGAAAUUUCAGUUUUUUUUCAUACAUAUCAACGUGAUGGAAGAGAAAAAAUAUCUUUUACGUAUCCACAAAAUUUAUCAAGUUUUGAAAAACCGAUGGAAACAAAAAUAGAUUUCUUCAAAAAGAAAAUUUCCUCUGAUGAUUUGUAUAAUGAUUCGUACUAUAGGAAUGAAGAAAAAAUAAACAAAUUGAGCAAUGAAAAUAGAAUUCAAUUUUGUGAUGAUGAAACUAAAAAAAAAAUUAACUAAAAGAAAGAUCCUUUGUUAAAUGGACCCUUCCGUGGACAAAUAAAAAACGAUUUUUCAACCUCAAUACAACAUGAAAAAACUUACAAAAAAAAUAACAUUUUUAUAAAUAAAAUUCAAGAUAUCUUUCUUUAUAAUAAGAUUUCUAAAAAGAAUAAUAGUAAUUCUCCAAAAUUAGAGGAAAAUAGAAACACAUUUGAUAAAAAAUUAUUAGUAACUACAUUUCUAGUUUCAAGCUUAAAUUCACACGUACCUUAUUUAUUUACAGAACUUGAACAAGUAAAAAUGAAUUAUAAUUAUGCCGCAGAAAAAAAACAAAUAAUCCAAAUAUUAUUUGAUGCAAUUACAACUUAUUUGAACGAAAAAAGAAAAGUAAAUCGAAAGAACACUAAGUCUAUUAAAAGAAACAAAAUCUGUAAAAAAGUACCUCGGUGGUCAUACAAAUUGAUGGAUGAAUUAGAACAACUAGGUGGAAAAAUUGAAGCAGAUAAUUCUCAAAUUCGUUCUAGAAAAGGCAAACGUGUAGUCAUUUUGACUAAUAAAGAUAAAUUUUUUAAAAAAUACAAGACUUAUCGUGAUCGUGGAGAUACUGAAAAUACUGAACAAAAAAACGAAUUGGCUUUAAGACGUUAUUCCCAACAAUCGAAUUUUCGGAGAGAUAUAAUCAAAGGAUCUAUCCGUGCUCAAAGACGGAAAACAGUUACUUGGAAUUUUUUUCAAAAAAGGGUGCAUUCGCUGCUUUUUUUGGAUAAAAUUGAAAAAUCAAUAUUCUUUUCUUUUCAUAGCUUAAAAUCAAUGAAAAGAUUUUUGUUAAAUAUUUGGAUUCGUAAAAGGACAGAAUUUCAAAUUUUAAGUUCUAUAGAGGAAAAAACAAAAAAAAGUCCAAAAAAAAAAGAGGAGGAAGCAAAAAAGGAAAAUGCAGAAAGAAAAUGUAUAGAAAUAGCAGAAGCCUGGGAUAGCAUUAUAUUUGCUCAAGUAAUAAGAGGUGUUUUAUUAAUAACCCAAUGCUUUAUUAGGAAAUAUAUUCUAUUACCUUCAUUUAUAAUAAUUAAAAAUACAAUCCGUAUACUAUUUUUUCAAAUUAAAUGCACGUAUAACGGCGUUCAAUUAUCCGAAAGAGAGUUUCCGCAAAAAUGGCUAACAGAUGGGAUUCAGAUAAAAAUAUUAUUUCCUUUUCGUCUAAAACCUUGGCAUAAAUCUAAAAUACGAUGUAAUGAAAACAAAAAAAAUUCAAAGAAAAAAAAGAACUUUUGUUUUUUAACAGUUUGGGGGAUGGAAGUUGAAUUGCCUUUUUCUAGUUCCACGAAAAAUCCACUUUCCUUUUUCGACCCCAUUUUAAAAGAACUAAAAAAAAAAAAGAAAAAAUUUGAAUUUUUCACUUUUCUAGUUCUAAAAGUUUUAAGUGAAAAAUUCAAACUGUUUCUAAAUAUCGUAAUAGAAAAAGCAAAAGGGAUCAUCCAAAGUAUUCUUGAAAUUAUUAGAAAAAGUAUAGUAUUCCUCACGAAAAAAAAACAAGAAUUUUUAAAUUUAAAAUAUUUUUUUAUUAAAAGGAAACCCCCAAAACUCGAUGAAUUGAGCGAAAACAAAAAAUAUUCAACAAUUUGGAAGAAUAAUUCAAUGAUUUCUGAAGCAACCAUUUCAAUUCAAUCGAUAAAGUCGACAAAUUUUUCAUUGAAAAAAAAAUCUAUAAAGGAUCUCAAUACUAAGAGAAAAGUAGUUAUUAAAAAAAUAGAAAAAAUGAAAAAAGAAGAAAAGAAAAGAGGACUUGGAAUUCCCGAGACAAAUAUUCAUUCGAAGAAAAAAAUUUAUGAUAGUAAAAGGAUAGAAUUCGAAAAAAAAAUUUUGCAGAUAUUCCAAAGAAGAAAUAUUAGCUUAACUAAAAAAUCACAUUCUUUUUUUCAAUUUUUGAUGAAAAAAAUAUACAUAGAUAUCUUUCUAUAUAUCAUUUGUAUUCCGAAAAUCCAGCUACAACUUUUUCUUGAAUCAACAAAAAAAUUUUUAAAUAAAUGGCUUUACGAUAAUGAACCAAAUACAGAAAGAAGUUAUAAAACAAAUCAAAGUAUAAUUCCCUUUCUUUUAAAAUUACACAAAUAUUUUAAUAAUAAGAAUAAGAAUGCGAAUUCACAUAAUUAUUUUGAUGUCUCCUUUUUGUCACAACCAUAUGUAUUUUUAAAUUUGUUACAAACCCGAAUUAUUAACAUAAACAUAUAUAAGUUAAGACUUCUUUUUCAAUAUAAUAAAAAUUUUUUUUUUCUGAAAAAUGAAAUAAAGGAUUCUUUUUUUGGAGCACAAGGAAUAGUUCAUUCUAAAAGAAAACAAAAUAACCUGCUCAAUUCUGAACUAAAUCAAUGGACAAAUUGGUUAAAGAAUAAUUAUUAUCAAUAUAACUUAUCUAACAGUAGCUGGUCAAAAUUAGUAUCACAAAAAUGGAGAAAUAGAAUCACUAAAUGUGGUGUAACUCAAAAUAAAAAUUUAACCAAAUGGGAUUCAUAUGGAAAAAGCCCAUUAAUUCUUUACAAAGAACAACAAGGAAUCCCAUUAAAAAAAAAAAUUAGAAAACAAUAUAAAUACGAUCUUUUAUCCUAUAAUUUUAUGAAUUAUGCAAAUAAGAAAGACUCAUAUAUUUAUCGAUAUAGAUCCCUAUUUCAAUCAAAUAAAAACACAAUGAUUUCUUCUAAUUACAAUACAUAUAAAAAAGACUUAUUUGAUAGAAUAAGUAAUAUUUUUAUCAAGAAUUAUAUAGCAGAAGAUACUAUUAUUAUAAAUCCGGAUAGAAAAUAUUUGGAUUGGACGGGAAUCAAUAGAAAAAUACUAAAUCGUUCCAUAUGCAAUCCGGAAUUUUGGUUCUUUUCCAAAUUUGUGAUAUUUUAUAAUACAUUUAGGGGUAACUCGCAAAUUAUACCAAUAAAAUUACUUUAUUUACAUUCUCUUUUUUUACAUUCUAAAGGAAAUAAAAAUGUUAGUGAAAAGAAUAUUACUAGAAAGAAAAAAAAAAUAGAUGUUUUUAGAACAUCGAAAAAAAAACCCAAGAACAAUAUGGAGGCAGAACUUCAAUUCUUAGUAAGAAAUUUUUUGAAUUUCCAUUUAAACUGGAAAAAUUUCUUAGGUCAAAAAAUAUUUAACAAUGUAAAAGUAUAUUGUCUCCUUAUUAGAUUGACAAAUUUAAGAAAAAUUACUAUAGCCUCUAUUCAAAGAGGAGAACUAGGUCUAGAUAUUAUGAUGAUUCAAAAACAGACGAAUUUAACUCUUUCAGGCUUAAGGAAAAAGAAAAAUAAUAAAUUUAGGAAAAAAGAACUAUUUGUUAUCGAACCAGUUCGCCUGUCUAGAAAAAAUAAUAAACAAUUUUUUAAGUAUAAAAUGAUGGGUUUUUCAUUAAUUCAUAAGAAUAAACGCAAAAUUUAUAAAAAAUACUCAGAAAAAAUUCAUGUUAAUAAGAAAUUUUUUGAUAAAUACAUUACAAGAACAAAAGAUCAAAAGAUAACAGAAAACAAAGAAAACGAGAAAUUUAAUUUACUUGUUCCUGAAAACAUUUUAUCUGCUAGACGUCGUAGAGAGUUGAGAAUUAGAAUUUGUUUAGAUCCAAAUAAUAUAAAUAGUAUGCAUAGAAACACAAUAUUUUAUAAUGAAAAUAAAGUCCAAAAUUGUUUUAAAGUUUUGACUAAAAAAAGAAAUGAGAAAGAGAAAAAAAAACUAAUGAAUUUCAAAAUUUUUCUUUGGCCAAAAUAUCGAUUAGAAGAUUUAGCUUGUAUAAAUCGUUAUUGGUUUAAUACCCAUAAUGGAAGCCGUUUCAGUAUAGUAAGGAUACAUAUGUAUCCGCGUGUGAAAAUUCGUUAAUCUAAUUUUGUUUUCUAUUUAGCAUAUGUAUCUAUCUAUAGAUAGAUACAUAGGUUAAACAAAUACACGUAUUUUGGUAUGGCAUUGAUUUUAAUUCAAUGAUGUAUACAUAAAAAAAAA